GGAGACGCCCAAACUCUCAUUUUCAUUUUCAUUUUCAGCCUUCAAAAGAAAGAGAAAACAUGAAGAGAGAGGGUCGGCAACACGGUAUGGUUCGGAGCUACCGAGUCAUGCCAUCACCAUUUAACCCCAGACCCGAUUCCAGAUUAAUCAACCAGUUUGACUCGCCCCCAACAGCCGGGUUGUUCACCAAGGUUUCAACCAAACCCACGAACCACUCCAAGUUCACGGGCAAGUGUACCAGACCCAGGUGCAUUGAGUGCCAUCUACACCCGGGUUCCAAGUCCAAGGACAAGGCCAAGGGCACCCACAAGCUCCGAUCCGGCGAUGUGGUCUCCAAUCAUCGGUUGGUUAGUUGGCGGGUAGUCGAUGCUAAGCCCGGUUUGAAUUUUCCCGGGUUUUCGGCUAGUCGGGUCUUGGAUCAUUUGGAUAAUGAUGAUUAUUGGAAUGAGGAUGAUUAUUGUGAGGAUGAGGUCUAUGAGGAGUCAUGUGAGUUGGCUCAUCGUGAUUUUGUGGCGGAAUUUGAAAUCGAAAUCUCUUCAGGAGCCGUUGAAAUUGAGGAUGAGGAUGAUGAUGAUGAUCAGGACGGUGAAAAUGAUGGUGAUGAGGAAAGUGGGGAUACUACGAGCUUUUGUGAUGUGGGACUUGUGUGGGAUCGGGCUGAUGAAGAUGAAGGUUGGUGUUUGGUUGUUGGUGAAAUGUAGUUCUUUCAUUGGUUAGCACUUUUCAUAAUCAAAACUUGACUAAGCGUAUCCAUUGUCAAUGAUUCCUCCUUCUUCUUAAAUUGUAAUUACGUUUGUAUGGAUAAAAUGGAAUGAUUCUGGAUGACGAUUGUGACAUCCACACUUUGCCCUUUGAAGAAUAAUAUAAAAAUCCUUAUUUUACUA